UCUCAUUUUCUAAAGUUUUCUUCCGAAUUUGUUUAUUCACAUUUUACCCCUCCCACGCGCUUCUUAUUAUAUAUCAACAAUUCCCUCUCCCUCUUCAAACAUAACCCAUUCUCUCGUUCUCUCUCUUUCUCUCUCCCCUCUGCUCGCAUUAUCGGCUAGCUGAUUCCGAAGAAGAAAUCGAUAUGGCGAGCCAUAAUCCAAAAAACAUUCUCAUCACUGGUGCUGCUGGCUUCAUUGCAUCCCAUGUUGCCAACCGUCUUGUUCGAAACUACCCCCAAUAUAAGAUUGUUGUUCUUGACAAGCUCGAUUACUGCUCAAACCUCAAAAACCUCCAGCCGUCACAGAGUUCCCCCAACUUCAAAUUCGUUAAGGGUGAUAUCGCCAGUGCUGAUCUUGUCAACUACCUCCUUAUUACAGAAUCAAUUGACACUAUAAUGCACUUUGCCGCCCAAACCCAUGUUGACAAUUCCUUUGGAAAUUCCUUCGAGUUCACCAAAAACAACAUUUAUGGAACCCAUGUCCUCCUUGAAGCUUGCAAGGUCACUGGACAAAUAAAAAGGUUCAUUCAUGUGAGCACUGAUGAAGUUUAUGGUGAAACCGAUGAAGAUGCUAUCGUUGGAAACCAUGAAGCAUCUCAGCUUCUUCCCACAAACCCUUACUCUGCUACAAAAGCCGGAGCUGAGAUGCUUGUGAUGGCUUAUGGUAGAUCCUAUGGUCUACCUGUUAUCACUACUCGCGGAAACAAUGUCUAUGGGCCAAAUCAAUUUCCUGAGAAACUCAUUCCAAAAUUCAUUCUUUUGGCGAUGAGAGGAAAGCCACUUCCAAUUCACGGUGAUGGAUCCAAUGUCAGGAGCUAUCUCUACUGCGAAGAUGUUGCAGAGGCUUUUGAGGUUAUUCUUCACAAAGGAGAAGUUGGGCAUGUAUACAACAUUGGUACGAAGAAAGAAAGGCGGGUGAUUGACGUCGCAAAGGAUGUGUGCAAGAUUUUCUCUAUUGAUUCUGACUCUGUUAUCAAGUUUGUUGAGAACAGGCCCUUCAAUGAUCAACGGUACUUUUUGGACGAUCAGAAGCUGAAGAAUUUGGGAUGGAGCGAGCGAACAACGUGGGAGGAGGGACUAAAAAAGACUAUGGAGUGGUACACUAGCAAUCCUGAUUGGUGGGGAGAUGUCUCGGGUGCUCUUUUGCCUCAUCCAAGAAUGCUAAUGAUGCCUGGGAUCGAGAAACAAUUUGAUGGGCCUGCGGAUGUGCAGGGCAUGCUCUCGGAUUUAAUGAACAAAUCAAGUAAAACAGAAAAUGGGCUUAAAUCUACAAAGAUGGAGAAGCCCUCUUUGAAGUUCUUGAUCUAUGGUAGGACUGGAUGGAUUGGGGGACUUCUUGGCAAAAUUUGUGAGAAACAAGGGAUAGCUUAUGAAUAUGGAAAAGGCCGCCUUGAGGAGCGUUCUUCACUCGUGUCUGAUAUUCAAAAUGUGAAGCCAACCCAUGUGUUUAAUGCUGCUGGUGUCACUGGUAGGCCUAAUGUUGAUUGGUGUGAGUCUCAUAAACCGGAGACUAUUCGAACAAAUGUUGUGGGCACCUUAACCUUAGCAGAUGUCUGCAGAGAGAAGGGUUUGCUUGUGAUGAAUUAUGCAACGGGAUGCAUAUUUGAGUAUGAUGCUAAGCACCCUGAGGGUUCUGGUAUCGGUUUCAAGGAGGAAGAUACACCAAACUUUGCAGGAUCAUUCUACUCGAAGACUAAAGCUAUGGUUGAAGAGCUAUUGAAGGAAUACGAGAAUGUAUGCACACUUAGAGUCAGAAUGCCGAUAUCUUCUGACCUAUCAAACCCAAGAAACUUCAUCACCAAGAUCUCCCGUUACAACAAAGUGGUCAACAUCCCAAACAGCAUGACAAUCUUGGAUGAGCUUCUCCCGAUAUCAGUUGAGAUGGCAAAGAGAAACUUGACAGGAAUUUGGAACUUCACCAAUCCCGGUGUUGUGAGCCAUAACGAGAUCUUGGAGAUGUACAAGAAGUAUAUCGAUCCAAGCUUCAAGUAUUCGAACUUUACCCUCGAAGAGCAAGCCAAAGUUAUUGUUGCUGCUAGAAGCAACAAUGAGAUGGAUGCUUCAAAGUUGAAGAAGGAAUUCCCAGAGCUAUUAGGGAUCAAGGAAUCGCUGAUCAAGUAUGUGUUUGAGCCAAACAAGAAGGUCUGAGGUCUCAGUGUUUUAGGGUUUUAGCAGACGCUGAUAUAUGGGCUGAGUGUUGGUUCUAUCAUUACUGUGUUUGGAUUUAGGAGGAAUGCUUUUAGGUGGGGCCUGCAGGAAGUUGUAUUGUUUUGGGUUGUUUAGUUAUUUUAGUUCUACUUUUGAUUGGUUAUGCUUUCUUUUAAGAAGGUUGUAGUGUUGUCUUUAAAACAUUGAGAUUUGGAUCCAGUUUUGCUGGAUGUAAUCUAUUGAUAUAUUAUAAAUGCAUUUAGUUUAUAAUGACA